CAAGAUAGAUGGUCUAGUUGCAAGCGAUCAAGCUUCAGCAAUCAAAAACCAAAAUAGCAAUAGUAGGUGCAAGUGCAUCAUUAGAUUUAAGUGCUGUUUGAACUCAUCGAUAUCUAAACAUCAAAAUAAAAUAAAAUAAAAGUAAGUGCUGUUUGUGAGUCCGUUUCCAAAUAGACAAAAUAAAGUUGCGAGUAGUGGUCGUGCAUCAUUCGUCACUGAACAAAAGGGCAAGGACAAAUGAGGUAAAUCCGCAGCUUGCUGUGAUAAAAAUCUCCACCUCCCAACAAAACAACAUCGUUGUCAAACUGUGUGUGCACCUUUUGUUCCCUCUCGUCCUGAUUCAGACUUCAGAGCCCUCCAGCAACAGGCCGGGCUGUACAUACGUUUACAUGUACGCUUGAAAUACGUAUUCGAUUGGAAAGUUUUGAUUCAAUAAAAAUGGAUCCGGGUUCGAAUGGAGAAGAACCCACUUCGUGGGAAGAACUAUACAACAUUAACUUGAUGCCAUCAGAGUUGUUUUUGAAGUUCAGGAAAGAAACACAAGGUAUUCGUGUUGGUCUCAAUUUGGAGUUCUAUAAUGCUCCCACCAAUGAGUUUCAAGCAAAGCUUGUACUGAAGCCCUUAGCACCUGACCGGAGGUGGAAGUUUAUGUAUGAGCCUAUCCAUCAAGAUGUACGCCUUCUUUCCAAAAAGAUUCCCGUAACCAAAUUUCUAAAUCUCCAGGUUGGUAUAGGCCACAAUUUUCAGUUAAAUGCAACUGGUUGGAAAUGGAAGCUUACUACUUGUUUCGGUGGAGAUGGCAUAUCUCGGAUUCAGAAUAAAACAUCAGUUGGCUUGUUUCCUGGCAUGGAUUUGCGUUUUGGGUGGAGGGCUGAUUAUGUUCUUCCAGAAAUUACUGGGGCUCUUGGUACUAGUGAACCAUUGUUCAACAUGAACUCUGGACGGUUGCAAGCUUCACUUGAUAGAGUCGAGGCCAUAGUAACCCACAGUGAUGCAGAAUAUUGAUCAAGUCAAAAAAAAAAAAAAAACCAGAAGCAGCAGGAAACUCAUGAAAAGCAUGCCAAGAGGCCCAAGACUUUAGCAUUGCUGAAAAAGGAGAUAUGAUCAUUACUUGGUUAGCUGUUCAAAUGUUAUGCAAGUGUCCAGUAUUGAAUUGUAUAGCCUUAGGCUGGUGGGGAUGCAUAGUUACUUUAAGUUGAGAGAUUCUUGCAAUGUAAACCAAGUUGGUUUAUGUAACCGGCUUCAGCGUACUUAUGGUCUCUCCUGGCCUUUUGAAGACAAUCCAGUGAAAUUUGCAAGUGAUGGUUCUUAAUUCUUAUUCA